GGUUUGUGAGGGGGGUGAACGGAAGGGGACGUACAGGACAGGAAAGGGCCGCACAUACACGUCACGGGGGGAAACAGACAAAUGCUGGGCAAUGUUUAAUUCCCACAAUUAUUUAUUCAUCCCCGUUCACCCCGUUCCCGUGUGCGUGAAGCUUCCGCACGUCUCGGUGCGACUUCGUGUCCUCGGUGAGUAGCUCGGUGUCGUUAGCCCGCAGAGGAGCGCUGACACUGUCGCAGCCGCUGAACUUCCCGUCAAGACAGCACAGCCGAAAAGAGCCGCCGCUGCUGCUGCUGAUAAAAAAAAAGAGGAACGACGUCGGGGUUGUCAAGAGGAGGACACUCGAGUCCACAAGGCGUCUGGCCAAAGAAACGGUGCCUUUGUCCUCCAGCUGAGGGCGAGCAGAGACAGGUCUGCUACUCCGCUAAUUAGCCUGCGUGGGUCCCUGCAGAGAGACGGAGCAGCGCAGCUAGCUGCAGCACAGCGACCUGCGCAGGGUGUGAGUCGGGAUCGUUUUGUCCACAAUAGGGACAUUUGUCUGGCAAACUGACGUUAGCUUUACUGAUGGGAGCCUUUAUCCAAUAGUCCUCCCUCCCUCCGUCUACCCCCCGUCGGACCCUGGCUCGGAUCCGCCACUCGGGCGCUGUCCUCGCAGGGGGGUACCGGAUCACCACCGCCCGGUCCUGUUAACUCCAGGCGGCGGUUCGGUCCCCCUGACCCCUGCCCUGCCUCGCCUGUCUGCCGCUCUGGCCGCCCCUAGCCGAGCCCGAACAUGGCAGGGAACCUGAAGAAAGGCGGAGGGCUCAUCGGAAUGAUGAAGGAUGCCUUCCAGCCACACCAUCACCACCUCCACUCCCAUCACCAGCCCGGGGCCGUGGACAAAAAGACGGUGGAGAAAUGCUGGAAACUGAUGGACAAGGUGGUGCGCCUUUGCCAAAACCCCAAAUUGGCUCUGAAGAACAGCCCCCCUUACAUCCUGGACCUGCUCCCAGACACCUACCAGUACCUGCGCACCAUUUUGUCCCGCUACGAGGGCAAAAUGGAGACUCUGGGGGACAACGAGUACUUCCGGGUCUUCAUGGAGAAUCUAACUAAGAAGACCAAGCAGACCAUCAGCUUGUUCAAGGAGGGCAAGGAACGCAUGUAUGAGGAGAAUUCACAACCAAGGCGGAAUCUUACCAAGCUGUCGUUGAUCUUCAGCCACAUGCUGGCUGAGCUGAAGGCCAUCUUUCCCAGCGGUCUGUUUCAGGGCGACAACUUCCGCAUCACCAAAGCAGAUGCUGCAGAGUUCUGGAGGCGCGCCUUCGGGGACAAAACUAUUGUGCCUUGGAAGGUGUUCCGUCAGUCUCUCCAUGAGUUUCAUCCCAUCAGUUCCGGCCUGGAGGCCAUGGCCCUGAAGUCCACCAUAGAUCUUACCUGCAACGACUACAUCUCUGUGUUUGAAUUUGACAUUUUCACCAGGCUAUUCCAGCCUUGGUCGUCGCUGCUGCGGAACUGGAACAGCUUGGCAGUUACUCACCCCGGGUACAUGGCCUUCCUCACCUACGAUGAGGUCAAGGCUCGGUUGCAAAAGUUCAUUCACAAGCCUGGCAGUUACAUCUUCCGACUGAGCUGCACACGACUGGGCCAGUGGGCUAUCGGCUACGUGACAGCAGAUGGAAAUAUACUCCAGACCAUUCCCCAUAAUAAACCCCUCUUCCAGGCCCUCAUAGAUGGUUUCAGGGAAGGAUUCUAUUUGUUCCCUGAUGGGCGGACGCAAAACCCCGACCUGACAGGACUGUGUGAGCCGUCGCCUCAGGACCACAUCAAAGUCACACAGGAGCAAUAUGAGCUCUACUGUGAGAUGGGCUCCACUUUCCAGCUUUGUAAGAUCUGUGCCGAGAAUGACAAGGAUGUGAAGAUUGAGCCCUGUGGUCAUCUCAUGUGCACCUCCUGUCUCACUGCCUGGCAGGAGUCUGAAGGUCAGGGAACGGGAUGUCCCUUUUGCCGCUGUGAGAUUAAGGGUACAGAGCCAAUUGUUGUGGAUCCUUUUGACCCCAAAGACAACAGCGGAGGCUCCUGUAGGGGUACGUUUGGAGCUGAGGGUGCACCAUCACCCAGCUAUGAUGACGAUGAUGACGACAGACUUGAAGACCCCCACCUCAUGAUGACCAAACUUGCCUGUACAAAAGUGGAGCGUCCCCCGUCACCCAUGUCCAUGCCUCCUCAGCCUUCUCUUCCCCCAGUGCCGCCCAGACUAGACUUGUUACCACACAGACCUCCAAAUCCGCCCGGUGCCUCCAGCCCUGGAGUCACCAGCAAGGCAGCAUCUCACCACAAAGACAAGCCUCUUCCCCUUCCUCCAGCACUGCGUGAUCUACCCCCUCCUCCUCCUCCAGACCGCCCCCACACAGCUGGGACGGCCCCAGAUGGGCGGCUUCAGAGACGUCCCUUACCCAGCACUCCUGGGGAGCCCCCUCGAGAUAAGCUCCCUCCUACACCCCCAAACCGACCCCUGACAGACUGGAACUCCAGGCCUGUUCCUAAGGCCCCCACCUCCUCUUCUUCAUCCUCCUCGUCCUCCUCCUCAUCCACCCAAGUCUCUGGUCUGGGAGUGGACAUUCGAGCAGGUGUCAGGGAGCUCUCCAACAGACACUCCCUCCCCUUGGCGCUGCCCUCUGCUCUGGACACCCGCUCAGAUUCACAGAAGAACAACAGCUCCCUCAGUCUGGACCACCAGCUGAAUUUUGCUGCUGUAGUUAGUCAAGAAUAUGACAACCCCAAAGUCAAACCUUCAGCCUCAGCCAACGCCAUCUACGCGCUGGCAAACAGACCGUCUCCAAUCUUGAGGCAAGUGGCUGGAGAGGAGGCACGUGACAGUGAGGAGGAGUCCGAGUACAUGAUCCCCUCCUCUCGCCCCGUCCUGCCCCCGAUCACUGCACCACCUGUAGGGGAGACCCCACCGGUCCCAAGGCCCCCACAGCCUCAGUCCCUAUCGGCACUCCACACACAGACCCAAGCCCCCACACUCAACUCACGGUUGGCACUGGCUGAACUAGAGGAUGGACCUCAAAUGUAUGAAGCCAUGUACAACGUCCAGUCCAGGUCACAACAAGCCAGAGAUUCAGACUAUUCAGAGUUGCCCCCCCUGGCGAUGACCAAUGGUCCCAGAGACCAUGCAGCUGAGGAUAGGGAAGAGGAGGAGAACGGCUACGACUACCCAAAACCCCGGCUGCCAUUGCCCCCAGCCCGACGGACCCUGUCAGAAAUGGGAGGGUCUUUGUCCUCUUCUUCUUCGUCAUCCUCAUCGUCCUCCACAGCUGCUUUCAAUCGCCUUUCUCUAGAUUCAGACGCCGGAGCUGCGGCAUCUUUCUCAGAGCCGGUGGAAGCACCAGAGAGACCUCCAAAGCCUCUACCAAGACGAAUCAACUCAGAGCGCCGGCCCAGCCCCGUCCCACCCAUCCCUGCUCCACCCAGCAGUGGAGCAACAGGAGGAGAAGCCAACCCUCACAUCAGUAGCGAGAUCGAGCACCUCAUGAGUCAGGGAUACUCUUACCAGGACAUCCAGAAAGCACUGAUGAUUGCGCAAAACAAUAUCGAAAUGGCCAAGAAUAUCUUACGCGAGUUUGUUUCCAUCCCCUCUACCGCGCAUAUUCUUACAUAGCACAUCCUUGUGCUGCUCAUGUGUUUGCUCUCUCGCCCUUAGCUAGGCCAAGCCUGGUUUGGUUUAGGUUGGUUCAGACCAACCCAUAACCCAAAGCCCAUUGCCUGCAGCACUACUUCCAGUGCUGGCUGAAACCUUUCGCCCCUGUGGAUUUUUACCUGGCUGUUACUCCAGUGAGCUCACAGCAUCUCUGGGACUCUGCGCCCUGCACUCCAUGCGCUUUCAACAGUGUCUGGCCUUCUCUAAACUGCUACAGCAGGCCUCUUUGUUUUCAAGAACAUCUCUGCGGAACUGACUGAGCGCGUGUGAAACAGUGACGGGAUGCCACAUAACGCAAGGUUUUUGUCAAGAUCCUGGGAAGACAGAUUCUUAUCUUUCUUGUUGAAGCCUCUUGCUGAAAAGUGUAACCAACACCUCACAAAUAAAACUAAAAAUGUAUGUCUAUAUGAAAAUUUAAUAUAUGAGUAAAUAUAUAUUAAAUGUGUGUAAUAUAUAUAUAUACAGUACGUGCAUAUAUAGUAUGUGAAAAUGAUUUCAGCUUUGAGAGUCGCUGUUGGUACAAGCGACAUGGGGAGACAGGGACCAGAUUAAAUGGGGUUUUGGCCUUUUCUGUCAGAUUGAGGGUUGUGAGACUGGAGUAGAACAUGUGAGGAAGAGGAACAGUCGAGGUGCCUUCCUCACCAGGACGUGUUGGUCGGCAGCAGCUUGGGAAAAAAAAAACAUGCAGCAGAGCUUUUUCGAUAAGAAUUCAGUAAGUUAUGGCCUUUGAUUAACAACGUUGCUUUGGUACUUUUUCUUUUAUAGAAAAACUUGCUCAUUUUGUCGUGUUGUAUUUUUAAAAGUAGCAUGACGAUGGUUUCAGGUCUGGAAUGUUGUGCUGGCAGUGUGCGUGUGUGAUUGUGUAUGUGAGUGUGUAUUUGUGUGUGAUUGUGUGUCUGCCAGACCUACUCCUCAUGGCCUGCUCUUAAAUGAAUCCCUGCUCCUGUACAACAUGAAUGUGGAAUUACAGUCGGUAUACUCAGAUUCGUGCUCUGUAAACGUACUACUGCUCUAACUCAUAUGGCAGGGCUUAGUGUAGCUGUACAGCCUGGCAGUGAGAUUAUUAGAGGAUGUACUAAUGUUGACGACCCUGCAGUACCAGACAGGCUAGUGUUGUGUGAUCCGUGGCGGCUGAAACGUUUUCGUUCUGUCUUUUGUCUAACUUCAUUGGCUGGCUGGUUCGGGUGGGUUGCUGCCUCCAGCUCUGUCCGGUGUUACGAAACAAAAAAAAAAAAAAAGUCAUUGAUUUACUUUGGUAAUAUAUUAUUGUAAUAUGAUCAUAAAUAUUGUUAUUCUAAUUAAUUCAGAAGUGCUUCACUGCUGCUACUAUUGUUAGUGCUAAACAAUUAAGCCUUAAGUGUACAUUUGUGAAUAUUGUGUUUAUCCGUCAUCUUGUUUCUUUAAAGUGACAGUAUCAUCUGUUUCUCCAGUCCAUAAUGUAGCAUACUUGAAAGUACAAGCGGCUUGUGAGCCUGCAGCCCUCUCAAGCUGUCGACUCUUCAGUGUUUUUAACGUUUUUGUUAUAUAUUCUCUGUAGGUAGACUCUGUAUAGCAACAGUAAUAAAGCAAACAAAAUGCUUUGGAUAUGGAAACCAGCCAUUUUGUAACAGAUUCAGGCUUCUUUCACAUUGGUUCCCCUUCUUCGUGCUUUUGCCCCACUGAGAGGGGGAGUGAUUGCUGAGGCUUUUUUUAAAUAGUAGGCUCAUGGGUUUGCUGGCCCACCCCCAAGUCUACAUUAAAAAUCAGUGUUUGGGCCAACUGUAAGAACUAACUCAGGAAUAAUGUUUGUGGCGUUCACCCUGGCUGUCAAAACCUGGAGGAGACUCACUGGCAUAGACGGCAGCUCACCUGUCAGCUGUCUGUUCAUCCAGGUGACAUGUAGCCAAAAGUAUCCGUUUAAUGAAGUCACACAAGUAGCCUAUUACUUUUUUUGUCACAUUAUAACUUGCACAUUUUUUUGUAUUAUUUCCAGUGUUCGCAGGACUAGAGUCAGCAGCUUCAUUUCCAGGUACUAUGAAUGAAUAAGAUAAAUUCAUGCAAGGAGCUUUUAGGUACAUUGACUUGAACCACUCUCAGCAUAUGAAGAAUGUUUUUCUAGGGAGGGAGUCAAUCACGUCAAUAGCUAAUCAGCCCUAGCUUGUUCUCAGUAAUGCUGUGUGUUGACUGGAAGCAAUCUCCGCGCUGUCUGGCCAUCCUCUAGUUCUUUUAUUUCUGUUCCUAGUUGCCUUGAGAAACUUCUUGAAUGAUGGGUAAUGGACGGGGACGUCCCCAAUCCUCAAUACUGUACCAAUGUUUUGUUGAUGUUUCAAGGACAGCAUGUCAUUGUCGUGUAUUAAUUACCUUUGUUUUGUUUUUGCACAGCAUACCAAUUUGUGCUUCGAUACUGUCACUCUAAAGAAAAGCAAACUGUAUAAAGUUAGUGAUAUGAAAAGGAAAAAAAUGGCUGUUUUAUUUCAUUUUGCAUUCCUGUACAUGUAUUUUGUUCCAAAGGUUUUGUUUACUUAUGUGAAUAAUUCUGUGAGCAGUGCCAUAUGGUUAGAGAUCCUCACCAUGUUUAGAAUAAGGCCUCUGUUCUUGAAGAGAGUCUGUCGGUAUUGAUCUGUACCUGUUGAUCUCUGAAGGUGAGAUUGUGCGGUAUUGCUUGUGUUAAUCUGUCCUCUGCCUCUUCAGUCGCAUCACGACUCAUCUCGGAGUGCAAGCACUCAUCUGUGAAAGACCUGAGCAUCCUUUUUGUUCGCCUUUCCCACAUCAGUGCUCAGCCUCUCGGAGAUGCUUGAUGCUUAACAGCCCCCUUCCCCCUCCUCUGUUACCCUCAGCCCUGAUGCUGGGGUAUUUCAAUUUUCUGCCAGAAGAGGGAGCAUUUGUUCCGUGUAGCUGCGUUGCUUCUCAUCAGUAAAAGGCAUUCAUUCAUUUUUUGAUGGUUUUUAAAGCUCAUAUCACUUUGGAAGUAUGCACAUUGCUGUUAAUAAAAUAAGCAAAAGCCA